AUGUCCCGGGAAAUUUAUGCUCUAUUAUUUAAUCUUAAUGUAGUAUUAAUGGCGCAGUUAAAGAAUAAUCAUGCCUUAAGUACUAUUAAGAAGACUAUUUUUAUUGUUGAAGAAAAUAAUCUUGAAGAAGUACCAACCUUCCAUAAAAUAAUUCGAAUUGUAUACGUUGUAGCACUUGCAUUAGUGGGUAUCAUUGCUACCAUAAUGUUCAACCGGAAUAUUCUUAAUUAUCAGAGUGGUGACACAAAUCAAAGUUUCUUCAAUACCCUAAACGUAAUCAAGUUGUUGCGUGCUCAGGAACGAUUCCGUUCGAAACCUCGGUCAUCAGAAUCGAUUGUUCAAUCAACCGCUACUCUUACGGAUGAAAAAACCGAUAAAAAUGAAAAGACGCAAGAAGAAUCCGUUGUUGUUCCCAACAAUUCAAUAUCGGAAUAUAGCACGAGAUUGGAGCCAAAAUCGAAUGAAUUCCCGACAAUAACACUUCCCAAAUCUCGAAGCAAUGCUGGACAAGAUAAUGCUUACAAUAAGAUAUCAUUAACGCAAAAACAACGACCAGGAUGGGAUGACGUCGAAAUGAUGCGUCAUGGCUUUAUUAACUGUGAUUGUGUACGAGCAACACCACCAGGAAAUUUCGCUCCACCGAUAACAAUCAAUGUUCACAACACAUAG